GAAACGAAUUUUCUUCUUAUAGCCGCAUAUGCUGAUAGCUGUGAUAUGGAGACCUUCAAAGUUCUGAGAGUGCUGUGUGCGGUUAUUUUCCUACUUAUGGUAUACAGGACACCAUGCGCUAACGCCAUCAGCAAGUGCGAAUCGCAAGGGUCAACUUUCACAAGAGCUCUGAAAGGACACACCUAUGACACAUUCGGGGUCAACAGCCCGGAUGUUUGCGUCAAGAGAUGUGAAAAAGAAAAAAGAUGUCAGAGCAUCAACUUUGUAUUUGAAGAACAUAUCUGCGAACUGAAUAAUCGUAGCAUGGAGGCAAGACCAGAUGGCUAUGUAGUAGAUCCGAGACGGAUUUACAUGACGGUAUAUCUUAAUAGAGUUCCUCUUGGCUCGAUCCCUGAACUGCCGGCCAAGUCGUGCGCAGAAAUUAAGGCGAGUGAAGGAGAACAGGCUGUUAAUGGUCAUUACUGGCUUGACCCUUACAAUACCGGCAAGAACGAGUGGACCAAUUGUUAUUUGGAGACAAAAGGUUCCCUCUUUCACUGGACACUCAGUGGCACGGACAGCUCGCUAACAUUACGAGGAGCGGCAAAGUUUGUCCGGAAAAGCGGCAGAACUGUUCUGUAUUUAGACGGAACCCAAGGGACGUUCGCAGAGACUUCAUCAGUUCCUUUCCAAAAAACUGACCUAACAAUUGCAGUUUGGAUCUUUAUAAAAUCACCGUUAACAAGAAGGCAAGAAAUUUACUCAGACUGGUCUUCUCCGCAUCAGUUCCGAAUUGGCAUUGAGAUAAAUGGUCAGCUGUGUUUCCAAGGAAGACGAGACGUAGGUGGAGAAAGCGACAUGAUGACUCCAUGUACAAAGUCAAGAGAUGUCGUGGAAACAGAUGUUUGGAGACACGUGGCAAUCACUUGGGGAAGAUCAGAGCGCACGUUUAGGAUUUACAUAAAUGGUGAAAGGAAAGUGAAUCACGUUGUCAGCGAUAAUCCUGUCCUUGAUUUCAAAAACUCUGGUCAUGCUCUCUAUGAUAUUGGCUUGAAAAGAGACAGUGGCACCACGGCUCUUGCAUACUUCAGUGACUUGGUGAUCUUCACACAUGAGCUAUCAGCGACUCAGUUGAAGAGUGACUUGUUUCUAAAUCAUCCCCUUCACAAUUUCAUCUAAUUUUUCUUGUAAAACGAAGAACACACCCACAUAUUAACAGCGUUUUGCUGUUAGCAUCUCAUUCAAAAUGAAGAAUUUUUAUACGAUUUCAAGAAAAUAGGGCACAGUUCAUGAGGCACUGUGGGUGUAUGUGUGUGUGACCCCUUCUCUGGCAAUGAAAAAUCUAUCAUUUUUGAAAGGUUAACACUUUCUCCCAAAUGCCCCUAAGAAGCUAGUGCAAAUUUAGGGAUCCACCCUUGCUUUUUCAGGAA